AUGACACGGCCUUCGCCCUUCCUCUACGCGCCCCCUACCGCAGAUGCAGACUCUCUGGCCAUUCUGCAUCUGAAGCGCGAUAGCCUGCUUCCCGUACAGCUGCAAGCGACCGCUGACGAUGGGUAUGCCGAGGGAGCGGUGACUAACACUAGGUUUGGUUCUUUUCCUCACAGCACGCUGAUUGGCCUCGAAUGGGGCAGUCAGGUCCGCGCGAGCAAGGUCGAUACCGGGUCAAGAGGGAGGAAGGGGAAGAAGGUGAAACAAGCAGACCAUCAGGGAGGGCAAACCGGCGAGCAGCAAAAGCUCGAGCGCGAUACUGAGAGAGCUCUCGCGACGAAACGGAAAUCCGGCGACCCGCCAGAAGAUCUGCCUGAGGCGAAAAGAGUCAAGUCUGAACAUGCUGAGGCGGUCAGGAAUCCGCUCGAGGCUGGGUCGGGCUUUAUCCAUAUCCUACCGCCGACGCCCGAGGCCUGGACAUCGUCGCUGGAUCACCGCACGCAGGUCGUCUAUACUCCUGACUAUAGCUUCAUUCUCCAGCGGCUGCGAGUGAGGCCUGGAUGUCGCAUCAUUGAGGCGGGCGCCGGCAGUGGGAGCUUCACUCACGCCGCCGCCCGUGCUGUCUUCAACGGCUAUCCGGGUCAAGAUCGAGAACCUCAAGACGCCGGCAAAGUCUACAGCUUCGAAUACCACGAGCCACGAGUUCAUACUCUCCGCGAUGAGAUAGUCUCGCAUGGCCUCGACGGCAUCGUCGAACUCACUCAUCGUGAUGUCUACAACGACGCUUUCGUGCUCCAAGACGGAACCCCUCCUUCAGUGGACGCUGUAUUUCUAGACCUUCCCGCCCCCUGGCAUGCCCUCAAACAUCUCUCCCGUAGCGCACCCAACAGUCCCCUCAAUCCGCACAAUGCGAUCCACCUGUGCACCUUCUCGCCCUGCAUCGAGCAAGUCAUGGCAACCUGUUCCUUCCUCCGUAAAGCCGGCUGGACCGACAUCAGCAUGUUCGAAGUCCAACACAGGCGCAUCGACGUGCGUCGAGAGCGAGUCGGGCUCAAGGAGGAAGGACUGCGGGGUGUUAGUGCCACCGCUGCUAGCGUGUCCGAAGCCAUUGGCAGGUUAAGGGAGGUCGAAAACAAGCUAUCUGCAUUCCACAAUCUCAAUAGACCGGUUACUAAUGCCAAUGACAGGGAAGAUGUGGCGCAAGAGAAGAAGUCGGAGACGAAAUCAGAGCGCCUGCAAAGGAUCAAAAGGGAGGCUGAUGAGCGCAAACUGUACAAAGAGGGAAAUCUGGUUACAAGGACGGAGGCGGAAGUGAAGACCCACACCAGCUACCUCGUCUUCGCCGUCCUCCCGAGGAAAUGGACGGAAGACGACGAGGCAGCGCUGGAGCAGGAAUAUCCGGUGGAUGAGAUCAUGAAAGGUGCCCCGAAGGCGGAAGAAGCAAAAUGA